AUGGAGUCAACCCCUUAUUACCACCAUGACUGUGGUCCUCCUUCAAAUACGCUGGCUAUGGUAUUACCAGUGAAGGAGGACAUUAAUUGGGAGCAAUAUCUCUGCUACCCUACACCGGGGCCGUCACCAACAUCUGGUGAUGAAGACCAACACUUCCAUUAUGGCGCAGAGUCAUCCGAAGACGCCCAUGAACAUGUUCUCGACGAAACCACGACGUCCACCACCUUUUAUCCCGGUGCAAACACAUACCAUACCCCUUCAGAUUUGGUAUGCUUGUCUUCGGACAUGGUUGCCUUUUACGUGCAUUCAGAAUUGCUACUGGCGACCUCCGAUAAUCAUUUUCACUCUCUUCUGGGCGGGAAAAACACAACUCGUCUAACAGUUAUCCACAUUCCUGAACAAUCCCCGAUCCUAAAUAUCAUCCUACACGCCGUUUAUGGGCUAUCGGCUACGCGUUAUGCCCCGACAUUCGAUGAGCUCUCUUGUGCCGUUGAUCAGCUCGAGGUUUACGGUGUUCACCCUAGUACUGAAAUCACGACAGCGUCUGCUUUGCAUUCGACAAUCCUUCUUCACGCUCAUGUCGAUCCGAUGAAGGUUUACCUCCUUGCCGCAAAACACGAUAUCUUUGACUUGGCUGUGUCCAGCUCGUCGCAUCUCCUUUCUUUUUCACUCAACGACAUCACGGACGAUAUUGCAACCAGAAUGGGCCCGAUAUACAUGACACGACUUUUUUCUCUUCAUCGCGGCCGCCUGGUUUCGUUGAAACGGCUCUUGUCAUCGUUACCGCACCUACACCCUCCUUCUCCCAAGUGCAGUCUGAAAAUGCAAAAUACAGUGGCCAGAGCUUGGAAACUUGCAUCAGCCUAUCUACUUUGGCAAGAUCGUUCUGAUCUGUCUUCAAGUUAUAUCGACUCUGUAUUUCGUAGUUUACCGGAGCAUGUUUCUUGCGAGCUAUGCAAGUGGGCGUUUCAGUGCCAUAUCCAAGCAAUGACAGCUGGUUGGCAAAAUGUUAAGUGUACCAUUUGA